GUGGCCAAUCGCAUUUCUCGCUGGGCUCAAGAUGUGGACGGUUUUAUUAGUGAUCGUCUGUUUGUGGACCUUAGCAGCUUCUGCUCCCCUCUGGAGUCCCGAACAAGUGGGUGAUUAUUUUAAUGGCAUCUUUCGCUCUGUUGUUGGGCCGCUUUUUGGCCUAGACGAUGGCAAUAAUAAUACUACACCACCCAGUAACUAAUUAAACUCAAGCUUACCGCACCAAUCCAAAAGGCACCGGCAACUUCUCGACGAUGUCCACAGAACAAUCACUCAGCUGUUUAAGUAAAUAUUGCGCCGCAUAGAAUCCUGCUGGACCAGCGCCCACAAUACAAAUUCGUUUGGGUUGCGCCACUUGUUGCACACUUUGUGAUUUAAUUACACUUGUACUAAAGCUGUUGUUAUAAACAUUAAUAAAUUGGCGUCUGCAAUAUCGCAAA